AUGCUGCAGGACCCCGAGCAGCUGCCUGCUGCUAAGCUUGAGCUGUAUUUGAAGUGCCUUGAUUGGUAUAUCAACCUAUUUGAAAUUCAAUCAGGGUACGAUGCCGACAUCGAUAAUAUUGAGCCUGGCGAAUCCGCCGAGGCCUUGCAGUUCGAAAGGCAGUUCAAACGUUUUACUGUCAUGUUUUACAAUUUCUGCAUCCUGAAAUUUCUUACACCGGAAGCGGCCGAUCCCACCCACUUCCUUGGCUAUUUACGAACCCGCGAUAUCUGCUACGGGGCAGCUCAAGGCACGCUGAUCCUGGCGGCUCCAACCCUAGCUAUUGGUAGUGAUGACGCGUCUCUCAAAUCUCUAGGUCGGUUAUCCUCCCGAUUUGUGUCCGCAGCAGAAUCUUUCCUUGCUAAGCCGUGUCUCGCGCGCGAAUUACGCGCCAAAGAUGCUUUCACCUGGCUUGGUUCUACUGCUGUAGACGGCGGUUCGCCUUACAGUAUGAUUUGA